AUGUCUCUGACAAUUAGCAAGGGGAAUCCCAUCCUUAAAUACCUUGUCAACAUACCCUAUACGUUUUCAGAUAUAUCUUCGGACUACACAAUUGGCGACAAAAGUUGUAUCCUGUAUUUAAGCUUAAAAUUCCAUGCUUUGUAUCCGGAUUAUAUCCACUCAAGAUUCAAGGAAAACGGCGGCCUCAAUUUUACAUCGAGAUACCUUUUGUGCUGCGUUGAUGUGGUAUUAUGGUGGGCUCUCACUUUAUCUAAGGAUGAUCCCAAAUUUUCAAUUGUUGAAUUAACAGAAUUCUGUGUGGUCCAAGAUUGGACGAUUAUCCUGGCAUGGAGUCAUCAGGAGUGUGCACGCUACAUUGAGACUUUUAAACGAUAUCAGCAUAAAUCCGCGGAUCGGAUUAAAGAAAAGGUCAAAACCGACAACCUUUCUAGGGCAAUGCAAUUUCUCACCAGAAUCAAGGGCAUCAACAACACAGAUGCUAUGAACCUAAUUACUCAUUUUGGCUCUAUUAAUGGAAUUGCAAAGGCUACUCGCGAAGAGCUCCUUCAAAUUCCAGGCUUCGGGCUGAAAAAGGUUAGCACCAUCUUAGCGGAUGUUAUUGAUAGAUUAAUUAUCUAUUCGAAACAUUAG